AUGCACCCUGGGUUCCCUGCGGCUCCUGGGGUCUCCGAGCCAGGGCCCCGAGAGCUGUGCGCCUUUGUGAGCGGGGCUUCGGCCCACAUGCUUCGGGCCCUGCAGCCCAGGCGUACCAGACCCCCCAAGCGCAGGCCCAACCACCGGAGGUUUCUACACAACCAGAUCUGCAGGCAGUUUGCCAAGAUUGAAGCUGCCACCCAGCACCUAGCCCUCUCCAUCCUGUCUCAAAAAGCACCUCCCCAGAGACCACCGCCCAGAAGGCCACCUCCACCACCUCCAUCCCCCUUCUUGGGAGUGGCCUGUGCUGAGGCCCCCAUGGAAAUGCCCCACGACGGCCCCAGCCUGAGCCUAGCUGCCCUGGACACCUCAACCCUCGACCUCUUUGAUGACAUUCUGCUCACUCCUGUGUGUCCCUUGGUGGCUCCUGACCGUUUCUGUCAGACGCUGGCUGCCGGUAUCUCCCGGGAGCCAUCUGGUUUCAUUUCUCAUGCCCCAGGCCCCGGAGACCAGAGACAGCCAACCCCAACGCAGGCUCCAAGGUUCUCCAAUCCUCUGUCCCCUCCCCAGAAUGCCCACGGGGGAAGCACAGGGCCUGCCGCUCUAGGCUGGGGUUGGGUGGAUAGCUGGGAGGCACCUUGUGCCUGGGGUCCUCAGGGAAUCCGGGAUGGCUGGGGAAUCCUUUGA